CCUCACAGACUAACCCUGGGAAAAAGACCCCGUCCGCUACGGAGAGCAUUGGACAACGGGACCUGGAAAUGGCCACAAACUCCAUUUACUGCUCCAGAGAAGAAGUGAAUGAGUUCUGGGUCACCGUGCAGAAGACCGAAGCUGCGGAGCGCUGCAAGCUGCAAGGGAGGUACGUGCUGAAGGCCUCUUGGAAUGAGCUCAUCCUCAAAGAGGCCCCCUCCAGCGUGGCCCUCUACACGUGGCCCUAUCGCCUCCUCCGCAGAUACGGCAGGGACAAGGUGAUGUUCUCCUUCGAAGCUGGCCGACGCUGUGAAUCCGGUCCCGGCAACUUCACCUUUGAGACCAAGCAGGGCAACGAGAUCUUCAACGUGGUGGAGGCUGCAAUCCAGGCCCAGAAGGCCCAAGUGGAAGAGCAUCGGCAAAGCAGCAGCUCCCUUGAGAUGGAGGCUCCUUCCAGCGCCUUCUCCCUCCAUAACGCCGUGGCCAACUCCCUCAGCCUGGAGGGCGAGGGCGCUGCUGUUCCUGCUGCUGCUGCUUCGGAGAGGCGGGCGCCCAGGAGCGCCCUGGCGGCCUGGCCCAGCGUUGCCGGGGAGGGGAAGGAAGCCGCUGCGCCCAAAGGGCAGAACCCGUGGCCGAGCUCCUCGGCGUGGCCCUCUUUCUCCGGGGCACCUGGAUCUUUGGAGGACACCAACAACGUCUACUCCGAGCCGCUGGACGCGGUGAAGGGCUCGCAGCUCUGGCCAGACUUCGUCUACGCUGACCCCGUGGACAGCCAGCGUCUGGAGGAAGGGCCAGGCUGGGGCUCCGGCCUGGUGGAGGAGCAGCUCAGGCCACAGACCGGCAAGGGCCACGGGCUCCCGAGCGACAAGCAGCACAUCUACGAUGAGCCUGAGGGAAGGGCCCCGUGGCCCACCCCGCCUUUGGCUGCCAUCUACGACGAGGCGCGCCUCCCCUGCGAGGCCUGGCGGACUCAGGGCUUGGAGAGCCAAGCGGGCUACGAGUUGCCGUGCCUUCCUGGAACCGGGGAUUAUGCCGUCCCUGCCUUCCACCAAAAAGCCGGGCUGAAACCCCCCAGGCCUAGCCCCACCCCCAAGCCUCCCCGGACGCACAAGAAAUCCACUCCGCCGGAGGCCAGCAAGCCCAAAGCGGCCCCCGCCCCGGAGGGGCUGCGGAACACCAACAACAGCAACAACGGCGGCGACCCAAUCUACAGCCGCGUGUUCAAGCCGCCCUCGGCCCCCGGCCCUUUGGGACCCGAGCAGUCGGUGGACGAGAGCCGGCUGGCUGCAGUGUACGAAGACCUUGGGGAGAUCUGAGAAGGGACCCUGAGCCGGAGCAGCCUUUCCAGCGGGGGCUGCGGUUUCUUCAGGCUGCCUGCUAGGGAGGGCGGCCGGCCACGCUUAACACGUUCUUGGAAGUCCCCAAGCAACAGCAACCUUGUUGGGCGGUGAAGGCUGCCUCUUCCAAGAGGGCCCCGGCCUAGCCCGAGGGCCACACGGGCCAAGCCAGGAAGCCACUGUGCGGGAAGGGCCUCCAAAGGAAGGACGGACCCCUGGGGAACACACAGCCGCCUCCUGGCCCUCGGGGCACAUGGCUUCUUUGGGACUGUAGCCUUUGGCAGUGAGCCCAGAAAGCCUCCCGUUUAGGAAGAGGACGCUUCUGUUGGUUGCCGAAGAAUAUUGGGGGGAGCCUCUGCUGGCCCGUUUCCCCUCCCCGCCAUGUCAGAGGCAGCCUGCGUGGUGGGCUGAGGCUGCUCUGGGACCGUGCCUGAGGCCGCCUUGCCUCUGCAGGAGGCUGAGAAGGGCUCCUGGGGCAGCGGAAGCCAUGCUGGGGCGUUCGUGGGAAGGAGACUCUCGCUUGCUCAGGCUGUCACAAGGUGGUUUAUUGACGCAGAGGAUGUGGCUG